GGAAGAUCAGUGUCUACUGAAAAGUCUCAGAGAUCGCACGCGAGAUAGUAUUAUUAUUAUUAUUAUUAUUAUUAUUAUUGUUAUUAUAUAAAGUUAAAUUUUUAAUUGUUUCGUGUGUUUGUGUGUGUAUCUUUCUUUCUGUGUUUGUGCGUGUGUAUGUGUGUACGCGCACGCGCGCGCGUUUAUAUAUAUGUGCGUGUGUCCGUUUUAUACUUCAACUAAUAUCAAAGAAAAAUAUCUUCGUUGAUUUUACGAUCCAUCUUCUUUCGAUCGAUACAUCGAUCGAAGAUGACAACUAUCUCUUGGAUUAUCUGCUUGUUCGCAAUGGGUGGAGUUCACGCAGCAAUGAAUCAAGGUUUUACGAACCAUCCGACGGUUGUAAAGGUCUUUAAAAAUGAUUCGGUUUUGCUACCCUGCGAUGUGCAAGAUCUCGGGGUGCAAACUAGGGUGAAAUGGUGGGGGAAAGGGAUUCUUUUGGCUGACAGCGAUGAUCCACGUUUGAUGACACCCGAAAGAAUUCACCUAUGGAAUAACGGAAGCUUACUGAUUUCUAACCUACAGCCAGAAGAUACCGGGGAAUAUGUAUGCCAAGCGUCCCGACCAACUCCUUGGGGAUAUGUUACGCAUGUACACGAUAUCCAAGUUAUGUAUCCACCGAGUAUUCGCCCAGUACCGGAGUCCGGCGAACUGGAAGUCAAUUUAAAAGAGGAAGUCGACAUGGAGUGCAUUGCCAACGGAGUUCCUGCGCCCGUUGUUUCUUGGUGGACUAAGGACGGCGAGAUACCAUUAUUGACGAACAGACCACGUCUAAGAUUUUAUGCAGAUCAUCGUAAUCGUUCAGGGGAAUAUACUUGCAUAGCCAGCAAUGGUAUCGGUGAUUCAGUAUCGGCAACGAUAGAUCUUCGUAUAAAAUAUAAGCCAGAAAUUAUUAUCAAUAAGCCAUGGGUUCAUGCAUCGCCUGGAAUUCGAACCCAAUUGGAUUGCAGAGUUAUUGCUUGGCCAGAGGCUGAGGUUGAGUGGUAUUUCAUGAAUAAGACGGUAUCCUAUUCAAUGAGAAUAGUGAAGCACAGUAUAGGACAUAAUCAUAGUUUAGUAAUAAGGAAUGUGAUAACGAAGGAUUAUGGAUUUUAUUUAUGUAGAGCAUCGAAUUCCUUGGGAAUAACCGAGGCUGCGAUCGAAUUAUCAGGAGUAGCGAAUCCUGCGAUUUUCAAAGAAGCUAAGAGUAUAUCGAAGACUGCGUAUAAUUUCAUUUGGGAGGUUGAUUGUUAUACUCCUAUCGUUGAAUAUCAAUUCUCCUUUCGUCAGUACAGGAAGUACGUUCACGAAGGUUCGUUCAGAGCAAGUACAACGACUACGACACAUAAGUGGCAUAAACUUUACAUACCGAGCGGAAGCAAUGCGAUUGGUCCAGUACAUGCUCGAUCCUUCAAUUUAACAGGAUUGGCUGAAGCUACACACUAUGAGGCUUUUGUAGUAUCGAGAAAUCGUUAUGGUUCGAGCAGACCAUCGAAAGUCAUACGAUUUGCUACGGAAGGUGCUCCUCCUGAUGCUGAAGAUUAUUACAAAACGAUCGAUAUAGUACCGGAAGAAAAGAUCAACACUGUAAUACAAAUGGCCUCGAUGUCUCAACAAACCAGUACGGAAAACAAUGGAUGCUCUUGUGUGACGAAAGAAAGCACAGCUUUUGUCCUUUCUUUUUCUUUAUUUUUCACGAGUAUGAAAUUAUAGACCGUCCUUUUUUUAAAGGACUAUUUCUGUAAAGAAACUCACCAUCUCGUUACUUCUAUAAAAGGAAAAAAAAUAAAAAAAAAAAAAAGAGAAAAUUGUCAAAAUGCAUACAUCGGAACGAGAAAAAUGAAAACGAAAAACAAAGGAAGAAAAAUAAACAAGAAGAAUAAAAUAUAAUCUAUACAAGUUUGAUCGAUCUUCAUCCUAUAUUAGGAUAGAUACGUGAGGAAAUUUUGAUGUAUUAUCUUUUUUUUAGUUCUGUUGCACUGUAUGUACAAAUUAAAAUCAAAUUAUAUAUAUAUACAUAUAUAUAAUUGUAUAUAUAUACAUAUAUGUAUAUAUAUAUAUAUAUAUAUAUAUGUAUACAAGUAAUAUACCUGAUUUAAUUAUAGUGUGUAAGAGAGACCAUAAGCACGUUCGUUCGUUUGCAUAGAACGACAUUCUGCUAAUUACAAAUUAAUACGAUACAUAAAUAAUUUCAAACGAUUUCGAUUGAUAUCCUAAUUUGUAAAUAGCGACGAAUAUUAAUUAUCUUUUAUGUACGAAGACCUAUGUAAUGGACAAUCGUUUGUACGUCGCUAAAAAUAAAUGAAAAUUAUUUUAUGUAAAAAAAUGUAUUAAAAUUUUUUUUUGUAAUUUAAGAAAAAAAAAAAAUUAUUAUUAUUAUUAUUCUACAAGGAUAGAUCGAAUUUAUAUUGUAUAAACAACAAUUACAAAUAAUCAUCAAACAGUGA